AUGUUCUUUGUGAAGAACAAGGACGGCUCACUUAGACCUAUUAUCGACUAUAGAGCCCUCAACAAAAUCACAGUGAAAAAUCGCUACCCUCUUCCGUUAAUACCCGAGCUUAUCGAUAGGCUACAAGAUGCCCGAAUCUUUACUAAACUCGAUCUACGCGGGGCGUAUAACCUCAUUAGAGUCCGUCAGGGAGAUGAAUGGAAGACAGCCUUCAAAACAAGAUACGGUCUUUUUGAAUACACCGUCAUGCCCUUCGUAUUAUGCAACGCCCCUGCCACCUUCCAACACCUGAUAAACGACAUCUUCAGAGACCUUCUCGAUGUCUGUGUUGUCGUGUAUCUUGACGACAUUCUAGUCUACUCCAAGGAUCUAGAGAGUCACAGAAAACAUGUCAGAUGGAUCCUCUCCUGA